AUGGCCUCGGAAUUCGUGCCAGAGACCUCGGAAAUUGGUUCCUUGACGGCGCACUCCAAUGAGGACAGCCAGUUUGUCGGUAGCUCCAGCGGCGUCUACUUUAUCAAAACCGUUAAACGUGCGUUCAACGAAGAUGGUCCAGACUCAUCAGAGUCCAACUUCCCCACCGCAGAGGAGACAUUGGUAGGCGCCGAGGACUCACCUCGUGAAAAGCGUCAACGUACCGCGUCCGUCCGAGACACCGCUUCAUUGGAUGUCGAUUCCCCAGUGGAAUGGACCUACGACCCAUCACUAAUGGGGUCUAUGGGCAACCUCCCACCCCCAGAGAUAGCAAAGGAUUUAAUGAUGAUGUACUUCAAGGUCUGGCACCCACUAUUUCCAUUCCUGCACGGUCCCACAUUCCUGCAGGCGAUGGAGAAGGUCUAUUCAAGCACGAAUCAAAGUCAGCAGACGCAGGGUGCAUGCAUUGAUCACCGCAGUACAUGCUGGACGACCAUUUUUCAAUGCGUCUUCAACCUUGGCAGUCUGCUAGCACCCGACAUAGCUCUGCCAAUUGAAUCUAAAAUUCAAUCACCGAGUGCCAUCAAUUUUCUGCUCGGGACACUUUCUUCACGCCACGAUGUUGUUUCGCUACAGGCACUUCUGGCAAUACAGGUCUAUCUUGUUGCGACCAUGUCCCUUCGUCAGGCUUCGACUGUUGGCGGCUGCAUAUUGCGAUCUAUGCUUCAUGCAGGUCUCCAUCGAUGCCCUUAUCGCUACAAACAACUGUCCACGCACGACCGGCAGCUGCGCAAACGGAUCUUUUGGUGUGCAUAUGCGAUAGAUCGAUAUUUGAGUCAGGCUUUGGGUUUGCCACUUGGUAUCCAGGACUCAGAUGUUGAUGUGUGCUUACCCGCUGCUCGUGAAAUGCAUUCCUCGCGCGGCCAGACCACUCAGGCUAGCAGAAAAACACCAAAAUCAAUCCCGUCAGAUGGUGAUAAAGCUAGUGGUCAUGCUCGACCAUCACAGUCAUUGGACCCAGAUGCAGUAUCUGGCAAUACAGAAGAUCAUGGCAAAGAAAGCAUUAUGGCCAGCUAUGUGGACUCUGGCACUUUGACUGGACGCGCGUUGGAACUUUUCCAUAAAUCCAUCCUGGUGCGAUCUGUUCGUCGCAGUUCGGUUUUGUUUCUAGUGACAGACGUCCAUAAAUGGUGGAACAGUCUUCCACUAGAGCUCCAACGAAAACCACUAGCUGUCGAGCAGCGAGAGAGACCCCCGGCAGUUGAUGAUGGAUUUGAUUUUGGCCCUUUCUUCACGGUGCUCUAUCAACAUCUCAUUUUGAUCAUUCACCGACCGUCACUAUCACUGGACCCAUCAACAGCAGAGUUCUGUUCUGGAUUGCAAACAUGCAUCGGCGCAUCUCGGUCUAUUCUCUCUGCGCUUAGGCUACAAGUUGAUAGCUCACAAGCUUUGUUUUGGCCGGGAUUCCUCUCGGCGGCAUGGAUGUCCGGCUUGGUCUUAGCUUUGGCUUGCCAACUCAAGCAAUAUGUCUUAGCGAAGGGGUCGCAGGAAAUUGAGCAAAUAUCAGAGUUCUUACGCCUGAUGUCUGCACAAUGGGAGACAGCCAAACACUGUCAUAUGUCACUGUCGGUACUAGCCGCGAAAAUCAAACAAACACCAGGUGGUGCUGAUUCACACUCUCAAGUAUAUGCGACGAGAGGAAGUCCAACACUCGGGGAGAGUUUACAUGUGCGAGAAGAGCGGCGACGGAAACUCAGCGGCCAAUCGCCUGUGCCAGAGAAUCACCCUAACCUUUCGGAGGGUGCCAAUUUUGAGAACCGUGGCCAUCAAUUAAAUGAGUCAAACAUUGAUCAUACAUGGCGAGGGGAAGAUAGCACCUGGGACCAGUCAGCCCACGUUCUGAAUGGGAGCGAGUACGGCACUCUCGCUGAAACGCCAUAUUCCCUACAUAUGACUUUCCAGGACACCAAUGCCUCCCAGUUUGAAGGUGUUUCAAAUUUCGAUUUGAACAUGGUCGAUCUGAUACAAGGAGCCAACUUUGAUAGCCUCUUUGACUUAACAGGACAACAGUAUCCAAGCUUUUAA